ACGGAGCGCAAUAAAGUUUAAAGGCGUGUGUUGCGAAGAACUCACUUGAUUAAAUCUGACACUGAGCCACCUUUCAAGAUCACAAGCCGUGUCAAGAGCUCAUCUACCUGUCAAUCUAUACAAAGGAGCCAUCUAAGCAGAGAGUUUCCACUAUCAAGAUGUCAAACUCGGGAGGUCGGAGAUUGAAGCAAUGGCUGAUGGAGCAGAUCCAAAGUGCGCAGUAUUCUGGACUCCAGUGGGAGGAUGAAAGCCGCACUAUGUUCCGAAUUCCGUGGAAACACGCAGGAAAACAGGAUUACAACCAAGAAGUUGACGCAUCCAUUUUUAAGGCCUGGGCUGUGUUUAAAGGCAAGUAUAAGGAGGGGGACAAAGCUGAGCCUGCAACAUGGAAGACCAGACUUCGAUGUGCCCUGAAUAAAAGUCCUGACUUUGAGGAGGUGACUGAGAGGUCACAGCUUGACAUCUCUGAGCCUUAUAAAGUAUACCGCAUUGUUCCUGAAGAAGAGCAAAAGCAUGGCAAAAGCCCAAUGAUGGCUGUGACAGCUACCACCAGCUCUGGUGAGAUUACAGAUAUGGACUGCAGCCCUGAGCUAGAAGAGCUCAUUAAAGAGGAGGAAGGCUGUAGCAUCCAAGCCAGUCCAGAGUAUUGGUCCCAGGGCAGCAUCAAUGCUUUCCCAUUGCAUCAGGACCCUUUGCCAUCAAGCAGUCUCAGUUCAGCCUUGUGCCAAAUGAUGAUCAGUUUUUACUAUGGAGGAAAGCUGAUGCACUCCACACUCGUAACUCAUCCUGAAGGAUGCAGAAUCUCUCCGCAACAGCACCUGGGUCGGGGCGCCCUCUACAGUUCAGACAGCAUGCAGAGUGUUUAUUUCCCCCCUGCUGAGCUCAUUGAGUUUGAACGACAGCGCUAUGUCACGCGCAAGCUUCUGGGCCACCUGGAGAGAGGUGUAUUGGUCCGUGCAAACCAAGAGGGCAUCUACAUCAAAAGGCUGUGCCAGAGCCGUGUCUUCUGGAGUGGGCUGGGAGAAGUGGGCUCACAAUACGGCUCAAUGCCUGGCAAACUUGACAGGGAUGCUGUUGUCAAGAUUUUUGACACAGGAAGGUUUCUUCAAGCUCUACAGCUGUAUCAGGAGGGUCAGAUUCCUGCUCCUGAUCCAACAGUGACUCUGUGCUUUGGAGAAGAGCUCAAUGAUCACAACAGUGCCAAAAGCAAACUGAUCAUUGUGCAGAUCACUGCAGUGAACUGCCAGCACCUGCUUGAGACAAUGAACGUGCGUCGUUCUCAGCCUUACUGCAACAACCCAAACCUAGAGAUGCCUGAUGAGGUGGUCACUGACCAGAUGGCUCGCAUCUACCAGGACUUGUGCAGCUACAGUGGUACUCAGAGGCCAGCCUGUUACAGGGACAACAUGCCAAUCACUGCCUAAGGUGUGAGCAGCAAUAUCUGACAAGAGCUCUUCAGCUUGUUCUAAACUGAAUAUACAACAUAAUAAGGACAUUAUGUGCUUUUCUAGCAUACGCUGGCGGGGCAACAUAAGAAAGACCACAUUUCUUCUUUGACAGUAAGACUUUUAAGCUGAAGCUCAGUAUUAGAAAGUGACCAAAAAAUGUUUUAUACAUGUUUAUUUUUGUACACACACAGGGCAACUAUGCCUAACCGAUGAUAUAUUUUUGUAAGAUGUUAUUAUCCAACUCAAAAGAACAAGUAGCAUAUUGAUGCUUGUUCAUCCUCUGUAUUACAUACAACUCAAGUCAGAACAAACCUUUCACAUCUAUACACACUCGUAUUCAAAGUCUUUUUUUGCAGAGUGAGUUUGACAGCAGUUUGAUAUACAAAAGCAAUUUAGUUUGCAAAACUAAAUUUUAUUUUCAUAUUCUCUUUUUUGCUGUUUUUGCGAUUGAGUUUCUUACUUGUUUGACGACCAGUUAAAUAAACAACCCAAUUUUAUCAAGCGUUGAGUUGAUAAGUUGCAUAAAGUUUUAGAUGCAAAGUGCCAUUAAAUGAACGAUAGGUUUUACUAUCAGACUUUUUUUUAAUGACAGACCUUUAGUUCAACCUUUUGUAGAUGUUUCAAAUAAAACUUCUUUUUUACUGAA